GACAACCCUUUUCGCUUUCUUCUAGCUGUCACUGUGUCAGUUCAAUACUUGGUAAUGUACUUCCUCCGGAGUGGAAACUUCUCGCUUAUUGGUGUCAACGACCGUUAUUAAGCCAUUUCUGCCGCGACACGAUCCCUGUGCGACUGCUCAUUUGUUUUGAUGUAAUGUUUUGAUGUUUGUUUACCUUUUUCGUGCUCUUCCGCUAAGAGGUUCUCCUCGUGUUUGACAGCGGAGCGCCAGACUCGAGAGGUAGCUAGAGAUACUCUUUGACGCUGAAGUUCUCAUACAGGAGAGAAGUUUGACUGGGAAAGGAUGCCUUCCAUUCAUGAAGUAUAACCAAGGAACGGGGUUGGGACCAUUAAACAGGUGCUAAACAACUACUCAAAUGAUUUUUAGGUCAGUCCAGUGAACAAGACAGAUUUUUUCAAUCUCCACCAGCUAUGAACAGUGAUGACAAGAAUGCCACAGUGUCCCCAAGUGUGCCAUCUCCAUCAAGGAGCAUCAGUAGCAGCUCUUCGAAGCAAGGCAGUCGACAGGACAGCUGGGAGAUCGUGGAAGGCCUUCGAGGCAAUGGAAGUAAUAUCCAGGAGCCUCAGAAACAGGAAGGGUUUAUGUUGAAGAAAAGGAAGUGGCCUCUUAAAGGCUGGCAUAAGAGAUACUUCUUUUUGGACCGAGGCAUUUUAAAAUACGCCAAAUCUGAAGCUGAUAUUGAAAAGGGCAAGUUACAUGGCUGCAUUGAUGUUGGUUUAUCUGUAAUGGCUGUAAAGAAGAAAGCAAAAUGCAUAGAUCUAGAUACAGAAGACCAUUUAUACCACCUGAAGGUAAAAUCCCAGGAGCUCUUCGAUGAAUGGGUUUCGAAACUGCGGCACCACAGACUCUACCGUCAGAAUGAAAUUUCAAUGUUUCCUGUUGACAAGAGCAAUCAUUUUUCUCCGCACUUUCCACCAGCACCUUCUCCUAAUCCCUCAGAGUCCUCCUCAAUGAGAAAGAGAUCCAUUCUCACAAGACAAACAUCUAUAAACAAUGGAGGUGCCUUCCCAGUGUCCUCUAGCAGUAGCCAAGCCAAGGUUGCAGCUUGGUUGCAAUCCUCUGAAGACAUGGACAAGUGCGCCAAAGAGCUUUCUUUGUGCCAGACUUAUUUACUGGAACUCAGCCAACUUUUGCAAAACAUGGAAGUCCUUCACAGAACAUAUUCUGCACCUGCUAUCAAUGCCCUUCAGGCUGCAACAUUUGAAAGUCCCAAGAAAGAAAAAAGGAGUCAGAGAAGAUGGCGUGCCAAAAAUUAUGGAAAAGAUGGUAAAACUACAUUGCAGGUUCCCAGCUGUAUAUCCUCUGGCUCAAUAAGAUUACAUGCUUCUAAUCCAAAUCUUUCAACUGUAGAACAUGGCAAUGACAAGAGCUACUCAGAAAGCCCAGAUUCUCCAACAGAUGCUUCCAAGCUUCAUGAGGAGUUCUGUCAUGUUGCCAACAAUUUGUAUUCUGCCUUCAAAUCAGCAUUCAGUUUGAUGCGCACAGAAAAAGAAAAACUCAAGCAGAUGUUUGACUAUGAAGUUUGCCAGUCUCCUGCUACACAGAUUAUUGGCAUGAAGAACACUUUGACAUCUAAGCAGGAUUCCUCUGAUGGCACCAAGUCUUUAGUUCACCAGUUGUCAACAGAGAGUCGAGCAUCAGUUUCUGAGUCUCUUUCCGAGUUCUUUGAUGCUCAAGAAGUUCUUUUGUCUGCAAGUUCAUCAGAAAAUGAGGCUUCUGAAGAUGAGUCAUACAUAAGUGAUGUGAGCGACAAUAUUUCUGUGGACUGCUUAAGCAGUGAAAUUGACACCCCAAGUACAGUUCAUAAUGGAGCCAUUCUAGAAUAUAGAAGGCGGUCAUGUUUGCCUUCACCUAGUCCGAACACCAGCAAUAUUAGCUUAUGGAACAUUUUGAGAAAUAAUAUUGGAAAGGACCUUUCUAAGGUUGCUAUGCCUGUACAGUUAAACGAGCCACUUAACACUCUUCAACAUCUUUGUGAGGAACUUGAAUACAGUGAGUUGUUAGAUAAAGCUGCUGAAACACCUGAUCCUUUUGAGCGAAUGAUAUAUAUUGCUACAUUUGCAAUAUCCGGAUAUGCAUCCAGUUAUUACCGCGCAGGAAGCAAACCAUUUAACCCUGUGCUUGGAGAAACCUAUGAAUGUGAAAGAAAAGACAAAGGUUUCAGGUUUAUAGCAGAGCAGGUUAGUCAUCACCCACCUAUAUCGGCUUGUCAUGCUGAAUCAAAACAUUUUGUGUUUUGGCAAGAUAUCAGAUGGAAAAAUAAGUUCUGGGGAAAAUCCAUGGAGAUUGUGCCUGUAGGCACUACACAUGUGACUCUACCAGAUUCUGGCGACCACUAUGAAUGGAAUAAGGUGACAUCCUGCAUACAUAAUAUUCUGAGUGGACAGAGGUGGAUUGAACACUAUGGAGAAAUUGCUAUCAAAAAUACAAACAACAAUUGCCAGUGUAAAGUGACAUUUGUGAAGGCUAAAUACUGGAAUUCAAGUGUCAAUGAGAUUGAAGGAACUGUAACAGAUUGUAAUGGUAAGGCAGUCCAUCAACUGUUUGGAAAAUGGCAUGAAAGUAUAUACUGUGGAGUGCCACCUUCAUCCAAGUGCAUUUGGAGAGCAAAUCCAAUGCCUAGAGAUUAUGAACAGUACUAUGGAUUCACAAAGUUUGCUCUAGAAUUAAAUGAAAUGGAUGCAGCUAUGAAGCUUCUGCUGCCACCUACUGACACCAGAUACAGAAUAGACCAAAGGUUACUUGAGGAAGGGAAUAUUGAUGCUGCUGAAGUACAAAAACAAAGAAUUGAACAGCUCCAAAGAGACAGAAGAAAAGUUUUGGAAGAAAAUAGCAUGAUGCACCAACCAAGAUUUUUCAGAAAAUCAAGUGAAGAUACUUGGGUUAGUAAUGGAACCUAUUGGAAUCUACGCAAAGACCCUGGCUUUGCUAAACUUGACAACUCAGUACUUUGGUAAAACUGAACAGAAGACGACUACUGUAACAUGUAGCACUGUAACAUCACAAUUCAUGAUGAUAUUGUAACAUUACUAUAAAAUGGUAACAUCAUUUUUAUAGUUCUGGUUAUAUUUAAAUAGAAAUAUAAUGCCUUAAAAUUGAGUGCUUCUGGUAAAACUAUGUAUAAUUUCCUAUCUUUCAAAAAAUAUGUAGAUUUUGAAUGUAUAAAAAUAUGCAAAUUUUGUCUCUAUCCUUCUGUAUCGUGUACUCCAACAUUCUGAAUUUUGCACAUUUAGAUUAACUGUACCUCAGAGUACUCACUAUGCUUCCUUAAUUGUGUUUCACUUCUUUCUAUAAGCAGUAUAAAUGUGAGCUGCUUUUGGUGCAAUUUGCAAUAUUUUUUAAAAGGGUUAUUAUAUAACAUUCUCUGUUAAUAUGUUUACUUCUACCUCUAAAAGAAAUGAGCAUAAAUGAAAUGGACAUCUUGCCAGCUGCCUUACUUAUAGUAUCAUGUUUAUCAUCUUUGUCUUUCUAUAAAGCUUAAGUUGGACUAUACCAGAAUUGUAAUACAUACUAUAAUAUAUGUGCGUGUAUCUGUUAUGUAUAAAACUAUAUAUAUGUGUGUGUGUUUUUAUAUAUAUA